CAAACGUAGCUUCAUUAUUAGGCCGGAGUACGGAGUAUGUUCACAACACAUGGCUUGCUGAGUUGUCCUCACCUGUAGAAACUGAAUCUUGAAGUUCAGCUUGAGACCCGAGUGGCAGCCCGAGGGAGAGGAUGAUAGCAGACGGAAUCGAAGACGAAGAUAAAUGGCUUGCCGAGGGCAUCGCAGGAAUUCAGCAAAACGCCUUCUACUUGCAUCGAGCUAUGGAUUCGGAUAAUCUCAGAGAAGCUCUCAAGUAUUCCGCUCAAUUGUUAUCUGAACUGAGAACCUCGCGUCUUCCGCCGCAUAAAUACUACGAGCUCUACAUGCGAGCAUUUGACGAGUUAAGGAAGCUGGAGCUUUUCUUUAAGGAUGAGGAUCGCCAUGGCUGCUCAAUUGUUGACUUAUACGAACUUGUCCAACACGCCGGCAAUGUUUUACCUAGACUGUAUCUCCUAUGCACUGUUGGGUCAGUGUACAUCAAAUCAAAGGAGGCUCCUGCAAAGGAUAUACUGAAAGACCUUGUUGAAAUGUGCCGUGCUGUUCAACAUCCUGUACGCGGACUUUUCCUGAGGAGUUAUCUUGCUCAGAUUAGCAGGGAUGAAUUGCUAGAUAUUGGUUCUGAGUAUGAAGGAGAAGGUGAUACUGUCAUGGAUGCUGUAGAUUUUGUGUUGCAAAACUUCACAGAGAUGAAUAAACUAUGGGUUAGGAUGCAACACCAGGGCUUAUAGUGCUUGUGAUACAUUCAUUUGCUUAGGUGAUCCUGAGUUCAGGCCCUCUUUCGGGCUUUCUGGUCUGCAGGGACCUGCCAGGAUUGAAGAGAAGCUGGAAAAGGAACGGAGCGAGCUCCGAGAUCUAGUUGGGAAAAAUUUGCAUGUCCUUAGUCAGAUAGAGGGUGUUGAUCUUGAAAUGUAUAAAGAAACUGUGCUUCCUCGAGUGUUGGAGCAGGUUGUCAACUGUAAAGAAGUGCUUGCACAAUAUUAUUUGAUGGACUGCAUAAUUCAGGUCUUUCCUGAUGAGUACCACUUGCAGACUCUUGAAAUACUAUUGACUGCUUGUCCCCAACUUCAACCUGCUGUGGACAUCAAGACUGUUUUAUCACGCUUGAUGGAUAGAUUGUCAAACUAUGCCACUUCAAGUCCUGAAGUCUUACCUGAGUUCCUUCAAGUCGAAGCAUUUUCCAAGUUGAGCAGCGCCAUUUGGAAGGUAGUAGAAGCUCAAGUUGACAUGCCUAUAGUUGGAGCUGUUUCGUUGUACGUCUCUCUUUUGACUUUUACACUUCGUGUACAUCCUGAUCGGCUUGAUUACGUGGAUCAAGUGCUGGGAGCCUGUGUUAAAAAACUCUCUGGCAAACCAAAGCUUAAUGAUAGUAAAGCGACAAAACAAAUUGUUGCUCUCCUCAGUGCUCCACUAGAGAAGUAUAGUGAUAUUGUUACAGCACUAACACUCUCUAACUAUCCACGAAUCAUGGACCACCUAGAUGCUGGAACAAAUAAAAUCAUGGCAAAAAUUAUCAUUGAAAACAUUAUGAAAAGGGAUACAUGUGUGUCCACCGCUGACAAGGUUGAGGUGUUGUUUGAAUUAAUAAAGGGUCUCAUCAAAGAUUUGGGUGGAAGUUCUUCAAAUGAGCUGGAUGAGGAGGAUUUCAAGGAGGAACAGAAUUCUGUUGCUAGACUACUACACAUGUUGUAUAAUGAUGAUCCCAGAGAGAUGUUAAAGAUAAUAUGCACUCUGAGAAAGCAUAUUUUGGCUGGAGGUCCAAAGCGCCUGCCAUUUACAGUUCCUCCAUUAGUUUUUUCUGCAUUAAAGUUGAUACGAAGAUUACAAGUUCAGGAUGGAGACAUAGUUGGAGAAGAGGUUCCUGCCACACCCAAUAACAUUUUUCAGUUGUUGAGUCAGACCAUUGAGACUCUCUCAGCAGUUCCAUCUCCUGAAAUGGCAUUGAGGUUGUACCUGCAGUGCGCGGAGGCUGCCAAUGACUGUGAUCUUGAACCAGUUGCCUAUGAAUAUUUCACUCAAGCAUUUGUGUUAUAUGAGGAAGAAGUUGCGGAUUCUAAAGCGCAAGUGACUGCUAUCCACUUAAUUAUUGGAACUCUUCAAAGGAUGAAUGUUUUUGGUGUUGAAAACAGGGAUACCUUAACUCACAAAGCCACUGGGUAUUCAGCAAAGCUUCUGAAGAAACCUGAUCAGUGCAGAGCAGUUUAUGCUUGUUCGCAUCUCUUUUGGCUUGAUGACCAAGAUGGAAUCAAAGAUGGUGAAAGGGUUUUGUUAUGUUUAAAGCGGUCUUUGAGAAUUGCGAACGCUGCUCAGCAGAUGGCAAAUGUUACAAGAGGCAGUAGUGGGCCUGUCACUUUAUUUGUUGAAAUUCUUAACAAGUACCUCUAUUAUUUUGAAAAGGGAAAUCCUCAAAUCACCUCUGCCGCAAUUCAAAGCCUUAUUGAGUUGAUUAAAGCAGAGAUGGAGAAUGACAACAUGACAGCUAAUCCAUCUUAUGACCCUUUCUUUGCCAGCACAUUGCGGUAUAUUCAAUUUCAAAAACAAAAGGGUGGGGUAAUGGGUGAGAAAUAUGAUCCAAUCAAGUUGGCAUAGUCGGAUAGGUGGUUAGCGUGCAAAUUUGUGUAAAAACCAUGCUUUUGCUAUUACUAUUUUUCUCUGUAAAAUCCUACACUUCCUGGAAAGAAAUAAAGAAAUGUUUAAAAAAAAAGAAAUUUCCCUCUAAUUUUUAAUUUGGUUUUGGUGAAUAGUGUGUACUGAUUCUCACAAGAAGAUUUCAGGAACAAUAUUUCUAUCUCGAGUUUUCAUUUCCAA